CGUCCUCCCCCAACCCAAAUAUGAACGGUCCUGAACCUCGCAAUGAUCGGAGUAGCCCUCCCCCGGGCCCUUUUGGCUUUUUAAUGCCCACGAUGGAUACUCCGUACGAACCGGCUCCGGCGCCGCCGCCGGGCCCAGCUCUUCUCGACGAUAACGAGUCGAACAUGCUAGACAAUUUCUUCACGACGUUGAACUCGAACCAAUUCAGCAAUAAUGACCUGUGGAUGCAAAGCCAGCAAAACAAGCCGUUUGGCGCGACCAACUUUGGAUGGUCGGACGAGCUGCCGCCCACUUUCGAAGGCUCGACCACGUCUCUACAGCCGCCGGGCCCCCAGGCCAGCCUCGAGAAACCCGGAGCGCCGAUGUUUCCCAACGGACACGGGGUAAACCAGGACCUCUUUGCGGCGGCAUCCAUGCUCUACCACACCGGGUCGAAUCCUCCGGAGAUCCAACCCACAGUCGGCCAGAAUCCCUUCGCGGGAUUCCCCAACUUGGACUUCGGCGGUGUUCGGUCGAACGGUCACGCCAAGGACCGAUCACACACCACGCAUGUGUCCCCCAGACCGACCAGUGCGGCUGCUCCGGCACGUCCGCCGGUCGCGUACCACACGUCCGAGAUGCUCUUCGAUGUGAGGGAACCCAUCUCUCCCGAGCAGCAGGCCACGGCCAAGGUGCGACCCCUCCACUGGGGGUCCGAUGUCAGUUUUCUGGACCAGGGCUACGUCAGACCGGCCGAUCAACCGGAUGAAGAGGAACGAGUGGACGAUCUCCUGAGCAAUCUCCAAUGUUUCGAGCGCCAGAAUAGUGCGGCCAACACGCGAGCGCCCAGCCCGGAGCGGGCCACCGGUCCGCACAUGUCCUGGCCCGAGUCCGGGACGGCCAAUAGACUGGGCGAUGGCCGACGGGAGUACGGGGAGAGUAUGGAUGGUCUCUUGCAACCGAGCAAACGGCAGAAGACCCUGAUCAAGGAAGAGGAUGAGGGGGACUCCGACGGGGACUUGUCCCAGCCGAGGCGCAAGUCCAAGGCCUCGACUUACAACAAACCCCGGCGGAUGUCUUCAAACGCCGUCCGGCGGUCGAGUAUACAAUCAAAUGCCAAGUCCGCUCGGGAGAAUCUGACGGAAGAGCAAAAGCGGAGCAAUCAUAUCCUCUCCGAACAGAAACGCCGGAACCUGAUUCGGCAGGGGUUCGACGACCUGUGUUCCCUGGUCCCGGGGUUGCGGGGUGGCGGGUUCAGCAAAAGCGCCAUGCUCACCCAGGCUGCCGACUGGCUGGAAGAGGUCCUCCGGGGCAAUGAGAUCCUAAAAUCCCAGCUGGCCGAGCUCAAAACCGUGAAUGGUUUGAUGAUGCCGCGGUAGCUUUUUUGCAUCCUUAAUGAGACCAUGACAUCAACAUUUUUCCCGCCCCCUUCCCUUGGCCCCUCCCCAAAAGAGGAAGGCUUGCAUGUGUUUAGGGCUUUUUUCUGUGAUGAAGCGGUUUAGCGAUCUGACGGCGUGUAUAUCUUGUUGGCAGGAAGGGAAGGCGUUCAGCUAUCAGGGACUAUGAUCUGACUUGU